AUGAGCUCCCCAUCCCACACCCCUAACCCAUCCCCUACCCAGUCCCCGUCACAGUCCCGUUCUAACCAUGCUGAUAGUGCUUCGAACCAGCAGCCCCUUCCUAGCUCUGGAGGCUCAGCCCCUUCCCCUUCCCCCACCCGGGGCCCCUCUUCCCGCCCACCCUCUCAUGCUCCCACCCCAGCUACCUCACAGCCCUCCUCCCGGGCUUCCUCCCAGUCUCCCAGUCCUCAUGUGCCCCGAGGGCCUUCCCAAGCCCCUACUCCACCCGCCUCCAACUCGCCCUCCCAGACUGGAUUAAAAUCCCUCUCUCGAAACCCUUCCCUGACUCCCUCAGUGCCUGUGACAAGGUCCCCUUCCUACAGUCACGCCAACUCGGCCUCCUACUUCUGCCCCAUGGGCCGCACUCCUAACAUCCCUUCCUACAUCGCCCCCUACGUGCCUCGCUUCGUGAAGGAGGGCCCCUUUUUCCAGCCCCCCACAUCACCCCUUCCACAAAAUGGGUGGUUUCCCUGCCAGGCCCAGGAAAGCCAGAGGCCACCACCGCCACCUCCCGACUCCCUCUACUUCCCCCUCCUCCCGCCACCCCCUCACCUCCCCCAGGUGAACUGCUCCUACCCCACGCCUCCAGCCCUGUUCAUACCCCCAUCCUCCAUGUCCUACUCUCCACCGACUGAGGUCCUGCUGAAGGGGAAGCCACACGUGGUGCCCUCCGUGCUGCCAGCCACCUUCUACACCCCCUUCUCCCGCUUCUACGCCCAGCCCCAGCCCUACCGCUACCGCCGGCGCCUAACACUCCCCUCGCUCUCCCUUCAAUACGAUGGCUCUGGACGCUCUGUCCACUUCUAUCGUGGGACCUAGGCCUUACACCUACUUUGGACCAGAAACCUCUGCCUGUAAAUUCAAGCUCCUGCAUCCAGACUU